AUGGACGAUUCAGAAGUCGCAUAUUCAUCUGAUGCAACAGCUGCAGGCGAAACUUUGCAACCGGUGGAAUUAUCACGAAUCGAGACCUCACGGCUGCAACAGAGGGUGACCGUCGGGUCGACACGAGGCCCAGUGCCACAGGAUCAAUGGCUGCCCAUGGGAGGAGGGAAGCAAUACCCGCGCAUGCUCCCUGACCCAGAGGAAUACGUGGUGGAAUUCGAUGGCCCGGAUGAUCCAUUACAUCCUCACAACUGGCCGAUGAGCAGGAGGGCUGUAAUGGCAGGGAUUCUCUGCUUUUCAACGUUUGCCGGAGCCUUUACCAGUGCCAUCUUCUCCACAACAGCCGCUCAGGUCAGCGAAGAGUUCAAUGUGAGUGAAGAAGUCAGCAUACUUGGUGUCACCCUGUUUGUGCUGGGUUUUGCUGCCGGCCCGACCUUCUGGGCGCCAGCAUCCGAGCUCAUCGGCCGACGGCUACCGCUGUGUGUCGGGCUCUUCGGCAGUUCAAUCUUCACCCUUGGAUCUGCGGUGGGCAAGGACAUCCAGACAAUCAUGCUGUGUCGGUUUUUCAGCGGUGUCUUUUCCGCCAGCCCACUGGCAAUCGUCCCCGCUACAUUUGCGGACCUCUUCAACAACCGACAACGAGGCGUGAUCAUGUCGGUAUUCUGCAUGGCGGUCUUUGUCGGACCCUUCGCGGCCCCCUUUGUCGGGGGAUUCAUUGCCACGAGUCCACUAAGAUGGCGCUGGACGCUAUACAUCUCUGCCAUCAUGCUGUUUACCAGCUUCAUGCUCCUCCUCGUCUUAUAUAAGGAGACUUACGCCCCCGUCAUCCUAGUUAAUAAAGCAUCAACCUUGCGACGCCAGACACGCAAUUGGGGGAUUCACGCCAAACAAGAUGAAGUCGAAAUCGACAUUCAUGAGCUGGUUCAGAAGAACUUCACACGGCCCUUGCGAAUGCUCAUUACGGAGCCAAUUCUGCUCUUGGUUUCACUCUAUAUUUCUUUUGUGUACGGCCUCAUCUAUGCCCUCUUGGGAGCGUAUCCCGUCGUCUUCGAAGGAGUGUAUGGGAUGAGUAUGGGGGUGGGAGGUCUAGCCUUCAACGGGCUGAUCGUCGGUGAGCUCGUGGGAGGCGCCUAUGCAUUGUGUCUGCAGAAAUCAUAUGCCCUCAAGCUUGCCGCCAACAACAACCGGCCCAUCCCGGAAUGGCGUCUUCCUCCGGCGAUCUUGGGCGCGGUUAUGUUCACAAUCGGCAUGUUCUGGUUCGGUUGGACGGGGUACACCUCCUCCAUCCACUGGAUGGUACCGACCGCCGCCGGGGUGUUUAUCGGAUUCGGUAGCUUCUGCAUCUUCCUGCAGUGCUUCAACUAUAUCGUUGACUGCUAUCCCACCUUAGCGGCUUCCACCAUUGCGGCCAACACCAUCCUGCGAUCGGCGAUCGGGUGCUCGUUCCCUCUCUUCUCAAAACAGCUCAUGGAGAACCUGGGUGUGCAGUGGGCUGGGACCCUGUUGGGCUGUCUGGCAACAGUGAUGAUUCCCAUCCCCGUUGUAUUUCGUAUAUACGGACCAUGGCUGCGGGCGAAGAGCCAGCUGGCAGGCUCUGCAGCUGUCUCGACCAAAGGAUGUGUAUAA